GGAACAUCAAACAAACUCAAGUCAAGCACUGGAUUGAAGUGAAACACUGGAUUCAUACUAUACUGGUUUGUAGAUAGAGUCCAAGACAGACACGGAGGCCUCACCAUGAUAGUUCAAGGCUGGGCUUGGGGUGUUUUUUAUUUAGCGAUAUUUGUUGGAUUUCAUCAUGUCCAGGUCGUGGCACAGGAAGAUAACUGGUGUGCCACAGAGGGAGUUUUGGAAGGAAGAUUGCCACAGAUUGAUUACACAGACAGUGAUACAACUGGAACUAGUUUGACAGUACAACAGAAGACAGAUUUAGAGGUUUUGUUUAGUUCAAAUGGUCCAGUGGUUACAGUAUGGUCACAAUAUCUUGAUAAUACACAACUUUGCACACCAUCUGAAAUUGCAAACACUUACAGCUUGUGUCAAGACAGAGCAGCUGCCUUUGAAGCUCUUGAAACACAUGAAAACAAAGUGAAGGCUGAUAUAAGUAUAAUCCAAAAUAUGAUCAACACUUUGGUAGCUCCGGGAGAUACCACUCUAAGGACAAAGCUAGAAGUGACUUUGGCUUUAUUGCAGGACAUACUGGCGCUGAUUGAACGCCAGGAACCACAUUUCCUUACAGGCUUCGACUGUGUUUCUGAUGAACAGUGUACAGAGGGUAGAAGGAAUAUCUGCGCUGGAUGUACCUGCGUCGAAUGUGAAACAAAUGCUGACUGUUCUGCUAAAGACCUACAGAAACCAUUCUGUAAACCCAGCAGUGGAAUGCAGGUCUGUGGGGACCCACAUAUCAAACAAAGCAUACGAGGAGCGAACCAGAAGUUAUGCUAUGACAUAGUGGGUGCUGCAGGGAAGUUGUAUGAGUUCCUGGAUGACAAUGGAAUGGAAAUCAUAGCAAAAUUCAUCAGCGGGGGAAAUUCAAGUGAUACAAGUCUUGUAGACUAUGUCAGUGACAUCUAUAUCAAGAUGGAACAUGUUCAAAUCCACUUCGAAUCAAGACUCAUCAGUGUUCAUGAAGUGGGGAAGCCUGUAGAAAAGUUCAGAUGGGCAACUGGUAGGAUAACAACAAGUAUUGGAUGGAUCGAUGUCUCCAAGAAGCAAGUAAAGGUUUAUUUGAUGGACGGAGCAACAACUGUUCACGUUAUACGUAAAGGAUUAUCACGAAAGGUUCCAUUCCUGAACUUUGGAGUUGUUGAGCAACAUGGACUUUCAUAUAAAGCUACUGGCAUCAUGGGUUCUCUGGGGAAUGAAGCAGAGUUUGUAUCUGAGGAAGGGAAGCAAAUGUUAUCAUGGUCUGGCCAUAGAUUCCCUGUAGGGGGCGGUGAAAACAUAUGCCUAAAAGUGGAUCCUUUCUAUGAAGACAAAUUCAACAAAUUGCUGGAGAGAUUUCAGAUUGAUGACAUUAAAAUAGAUGAAGAAGUUGAUGAUGUUAAUAGUACCUACUGACCUAUAGACCAUAUAUAAAUAAUUAGACUAACACAAUGGGACAUUGGUAUCUUAUUAAUGAGGUGGUCUAAUAAGCUAAAACAAUUGAAUUACAAACUGUAAAUGGAGAAUGAGGUAAAAGAGAAUAAAAUGUUGAUGUAAAAUAUUAUUAUUAUUAUCCAUGAAUACACUGACUUAACAGACAUUACUAAUGUUCAACAAAAUUAAUGAAAUAAUAUUAAUGUGACUAAAUAAAGUACAUUUACUGAUCAAUAGUUUGUAUUACUGGAGAUGGCUUAUACCUCAAAUACCCAUCUUUUGAAUAUUGCAAGUAUUGAUCUGAAUGUGCCUAAAGAGCAUUUAAUGACAAAAGAGACCUUAAUGCAACUAAAUCCACUUAAUAGGUGAUAUGUUCAGAUCAGUAGCUAACUUUGAAAUUGUUUUGUCAAAGUGGUGGUACAUAAGGCAAUCCCAAACAUGAAGUUAUGCUGCACAUGUGAAGCACAUACUUGUUGACAUUAAAUAUUGAAAAUAGUUCA